AUGUGUACUCUUGGUCGCAGGCACUUUCCACCAACAAAGUCAACGAAGCAGACCAAACUUUCUCCCGAAGCCUUGGAUCUGAUGCGGCAGAGGCACGAGUCGCCGACUGCUUCGCUAGAACAGAGGGCUCUGUCCAAGAGUAUACAGAAACUUAUGACUUCAUUCAAAAGUCAACGAGUAGUUGAAAACGGCUUCAUGCCAACAUUUAAAGUCCAGGGCCAGGUUUACCACCUUGCAGGUAGUCUUCUUCCACAAGUUCCUGACGACCAUAAGUUUUUGCAGAUAUAUUUUAUUUCCGAUCCUGAAGUUCAAGCAACGACUCGAUGUAAUAUUAGUAAUAGUAAUUCAAGAACACCACUUGAUAACUCUAUAGUCAGGUCAUUGCAAAACAUGUUGCAUUUGCAUAAUAGAUACGUACAAUCUUUUAAAACUGCAAUGGAAAGUAUCUCUCUCGAUGUCCCAGAUUACAAUGUAGUAAUUCAUGCCAGCAGGGUACCUGACGGUGAACACCGUGGACGGUAUAAUGCUCCUUCUACCAGUGAAGUAGCAGUUGUCAUUGCUGGACAACAAUUUGACAAAAGGGAUAUCGUUCUUCGAAGCCGCGACGAAAAUCUCCACAAAAUUUCCGAACUACAUCGUUCAUAUGACAGUCUUCAAUAUCCACUGAUGUUUUGUCGAGGUGAAGACGGAUACACAAUUGAUAUUCCCCAAGUUAAUCCUUCUACAGGAGACAGAGUACAGAAGAAAGUUUCAUGUAUGAAUUAUUAUUGCUAUCGUUUAAUGGAACGCCAUAAUCAUUAUAAUGUUUUACUAAGGUACGGAAUGUUACUGAAUCAAUAUGUUGUAGAUCAGUAUGCUAAACUAGAAUCAGAACGUUUAGCUUUUAUACGAAAUAACCAAACACAAUUACGCGCAGAAAAUUAUAUACACUUACAGGAUGCUUUACAUUCUAAUGAACACACGACAAACAAUAUUGGGCAGCUGGUAAUAUUACCGUCAUCUUUUACUGGCGGACCAAGAUACUUACACGAAAAAACUCAAGAUGCCAUGACCUAUGUCAGGAAUUACGGGAAACCUGACCUCUUCAUUACUAUGACCUGUAAUCCUAAUUGGAAAGAAAUAAAAGAUAAUCUGCAUUCCACCGCAACACCUCAAGACCGAUAUGACAUUUUAAAUCAAUUACCAGACCAAGACGAAGACCCAACAUUGUAUGACAUCGUGGUAAGGAACAUGAUUCACGGACCCUGUGGAGCUUUAAACCCUAACUCGCCAUGCAUGCAUGAGGGAAAAUGUUCAAAAAAAUUCCCAAAACCAUAUCAGAGUCAAACUUCAACUGGUGAUGAUGGCUAUCCAAAGUAUAGAAGAUUAUCACCAGAGGAAGGAGGACGCAAGGCUGCUAUUCGUAAUUACGAAAUUGAUAACAGAUGGGUAGUGCCUUACAAUAAACUAUUAUUAAAAAUUUUCGAGGCGCAUGUUAAUGUAGAACUUUGCAGUUCCGUGAAAUCAAUAAAAUAUGUCACUAAAUACAUCAAUAAAGGAAGUGACCAGGCUACGUUUAGUUUACAUUCUACAAAUGAAGUAGAACAAUUUCAAUCUGGCCGCUACAUUUGUAGUUCUGAAGCACUAUGGCGGAUUAUGUCCUUCAAUAUUCAUGAAAGAGCACCAACUGUCACACACCUCGCUGUUCAUUUAGAAAACGGACAGCGGGUGUAUUUCACUGAAAAUAAUGUAAAUGACAUUGUGAAUAAUCCAAGAGAUACUACUUUAACAGCGUUUUUCAAACUAUGUGCAGAGGACGACUUCGCAAAAACUCUGACCUACGACAAGGUGCCUGCCUAUUAUACCUGGAAUCAAAAUACGAAAAAAUUCCAACGACGAAAGCAGGGGGCGGUAGUUCUCGGGUACCCUGGCGUGAGAAAAACAGAUGCUCUUGGAAGGGUGUACGUGGUACACCCUAAUAAUGCAGAAUGUUUUCAUUUGCGGUUGUUACUCCACGUUAUAAAAGGCCCUACUUCGUUUAGAAGUCUCCGCACUUUUGAAGGUGUAACUUACGACACAUUCCAAGGGGCUUGCAAAGCUAUGGGCCUCCUCGAAGAUGACAGUCACUGGGAGAGUACGCUCUCUGAAGCAGCCAUAUGCUGUUCACCAAAAUCACUUAGGUGCCUUUUUACCAUUAUGAUAUCGUUCUGCCAAAUCACGGACCCGCAUCUUCUUUGGCAAAACUAUCAGGAAAGUAUGUCCGAAGAUAUACUGCAACGCAGACGACAAGAACUGUCAUCAGAUGAUUUAGAGUACGACCAAAAUAUUUUUGAUGAAGCUUUAAAUGAAUUAAAUAAAGAGGUCGAAUCUCUAUCAGGUAAAAGUAUAAAAGAUUUUGGUUUUAACUUGCCGUUAAAUUCAAAUCUUUAUGCAAUGAACAACAUCGAGGAUUUACGAGAGACUGACUAUGAUUACACCCAACUCUUACAGACAAUUCAAGAUGAACAUCGCUUAAAUCCAGAACAAAAAAUUGUUUACGACCAAAUAUUGUCAUCAGUUAAUAGUAAUGAAGGGAAAAUGUUCUUUCUAGAUGCACCCGGGGGCACGGGUAAAACAUUUAUAAUUAAUUUAUUAUUAGCAAAAGUAAGGUCUGACAGAAAAAUUGCUCUUGCCGUGGCGUCGUCCGGUAUUGCAGCCACACUUUUGAAAGGCGGGCGAACUGCACGACGUGUGACGAACUGUGACGACGUCUCUAGCGUUUGUAACAUCUCAAAACAGAGUAAAACAGGUAAUGGUGCAUUUCAAUCCGGAAAUGUUAAAAUCAAUCUUAGUAACCUAUGUGCUUUGGUUCAAAAUGUGGAAGAAUUGGUUGAGACCGUAUAUCCCGAUAUUACUAAUAUAAUUACAAAGACUUUAUGUUGGUUUAAGGAAAGGGCUAUAUUGGCACCUACUAAUGAACAGGUUGAUAAAAUUAAUCAUUUAAUUAUUUCCAAGUUUGAAGCACCAUCACAGAUAUACUAUUCAGUUGAUACAGUUUUGGAUACCGCAGAGGCAGUACAUUAUCCAACUGAAUUUUUGAAUUCUUUAGUUCCUCCCGGAAUUCCUCCACACAAGUUAAUAUUAAAAGUGGGUUCACCAGUGAUAUUACUUAGAAAUUUAAAUCCCCCAAAAUUGUGUAAUGGCACGAGACUCAAAAUAGUUAAAUUAAAAAACUUUCUAAUCGAAUGCACUAUUUUAACUGGCUGUGGUACUGGUGAUACUGUUUUAAUUCCCAGAAUACCGAUGAUUCCCUCCGAAUUACCCUUCCAAUUCAAAAGACUGCAAUUUCCAAUCAAAUUAGCCUUUGGUAUUACUAUUAAUAAGGCACAAGGCCAAACUUUAAAAGUUGCAGGAAUAGAUUUAACUGAUCAAUGUUUUUCUCACGGCCAGUUAUAUGUUGCCCUUUCAAGGGUGACAUGUAAAAAUAAUCUGUUUGUGUUUACUAACAAUCCGUCAGAAGUAAUGAACGUUGUGUAUAAGGAAAUAUUUCAAUAG